GCUGGCAUAGCUUGUCAUUAAACAAUCAGAGAUCACAAUGCCUGUCGAUAAGCAAAACCGAACGGUCGAUACGGACAACAUCCAAGGGAGCAUUUGGCCCCGUCUCCCUAAAAUCUAUGAGUCCUACCUCUUCUUCAAGAUCACCGAUAAGGAAAGGUUCAGACAGCAUCUCAGAGCUAUCCUAGACCGAGGGGUCAUUACCACCGGUACUGAAUGCGAGAUACACUUGAAGUCGGUUAAGGAGUUUGAAGAAGCCAGCGCGGAUUCUCGUCGUUAUGUUCCCGAGCAUGAGAGGAAGCCCUUCACGGCGGUAAAUGUCGCAUUCACUCACAUGGGAUUGCUCAAGGUGGAACAUCCUGAGGUGGAAGUGAACUUUCAACAGGCCCUAGAGGAUGAUCCUGAUGAGGUCUGUAGCGAUCGGAUUAACGAGGGUCUUUUUGAGAAGGGAAUGUUUGAUGACCUCGUCUACGAAGGCGCCGAUAACCCUGCCGCGAUGGAUCCUAACUUUAGGGCCCCUCCCGGGAAUGAAUCAAAGACGGGUCUUGACAGGUGGGAGUGGAGAACGGAUGGGGUGUUCAUCGUUGCGGCCCAUAACUCCAAAGCUCUACGUCGCAAGAUUGUGGACCUGGAGGAUGCCUUCAAUGUUGGUGAGGCGGAAGCGAGCAGUAUGAGGAUCGCGUUCAGAAAGGAUGGCAGGGUUCGUCCGGGUGAAAACCGUGGCAAAGAGCACUUUGGUUACGAAGAUCACAUCUCGCAACCAAAGAUUGACGGCUUGGAUGACCCUCCGGCCCCUGGUGAGCCUCAGGCAUGUCCCCCAGGCUAUAUCUUUCUCGGCCACGAGGGCGAUCCCGACAGGAGAAGAGGUCCCAAAUGGGCUAAGGAGGGUAGCUACCUUGUUUUCCGUCAGCUCGACCAAAAGGUCCCAGAAUUCCAAAAAGAUCUGAAACGGAUGGCCGAUGAAAUACCUGGGAACUAUGGCGGAAAUCCUGAGAAGCUGGGUGCUCAUCUGAUGGGACGAUGGAAGAGUGGAGCUCCCGUUGCCAAAGCCGUCCACCAGGACGAUCCAGCCUUGGCUUUUGACAACACCUUCGACUUUCGACCCAAGAAGGACCUCAAGGGCUGUCCUUUUGCGGCGCACAUCCGCAAGAUGCGACCUAGGGCCGACAAGAAGCGAGAUAUUGGUUCAGAAAAAGAUGAUGAGAACCAUAAGACCCUUCCCCUUUCCAUCGAGGAGCAAGAUGAAGAUUUCGAUGAAGGACAAAAAGAGGAUGCCAGCGUUAUCCUCCGCCGGGGUAUCACCUUUGGUCCCGAACUGACUAAGGAAGAAAUUAGCACGGGCAAGACGAUUGAACAACGUGGGAUUUACUUUACGUGCUACCAGAGCCUUAUCCGGGAUGGCUUCAACUUUCUCAUGACUCGCUGGGCCAGUAACUCCGACUUCCCUCAGGACAAGACUGAGACCUGCCCUGAUGGUCCUGGUAUGGACCCCUUCAUCAGCCAGAAGCUCCGUGCGGAUCAUCCCGAUGGUUACAUCAGUCUACACGAUGGAGGCAAACCGGGUAAGGCCGUGAAGCUUCCUCUUAGUCCUGCUCCAUGGGUCGAUCAAAGAGGUGGUGAAUACUUCUUCACCCCUUCUAUCCGGGCUUUGAGGGAACAGUUUUCAGCCGACAUUGUGAAGGAAGCAGGUGAAUCCGAAGGUGAAUCCGAAGCUCCCUACAAAGACCCGGAGGUGAAGGAAUUAGAGGCCAAGAUCGAGGAGUUGGAGCAGGCCCAGAAAGCGCUACUAAAGAUCACAGAGGAGCGCGUUGCGGAUCUCGAGGUAUUGGAAAACCAGCUGAAGGAGUCCAAAGAACUGCAUGACAAGUAUGUGGAAGAAACUAAGAAAGGGACUUUCCUCGGAUAUGCCGGGCUUAUCCCUCUGGACUUUUUGAACAAGUUGGAUACCGCGCGUUUACGAGAGCUGAAGCACCAGGUCCGUGAUGCUCUGGCACAGUUGGCGGGAGAUGUAGACUGGAAGCAGUGGCAACGAACUAUUCGAGACCUCAACUCAAAAUAUGGAUUCGACUUGCUAUAUGGUAAUGGUGGGCAUUAUGAGGGGCGCCACUGGAGGGAGUGGAAAGAGAUCCAAUAUUCGACCAGCCAUUCUGACUAUGACCGCACCGUGGCAUUCCGCAAUCGUAUGGGCCAGUGGUGCAACAACGCCAAGUGGAAAGCUGAAGGUGGCGAUGCGGCUGGAUGUGCGUUGAUGUGGCUAACCUUCGUCAUCCAGCUGCACGAUGUGUUGAAGGUGUACAGGCCCGAGGUUUGCUAGUCGAGCUAUCCAUCAAUAUCAGGGCAGCCUUUCAUCAUUGUUUCUAUAUUCGCUUGUCGCGCCCAGUAUAUAACUGAGAUUGGUUGCUAACAUCUACGAAUACACCGAUGUCGUAAGGGUCAUUCAAAUCGAUUCGUAUACACAGUGCGCAUAAGAUAUAUUAGUGCCAAGGUGUGCAUCCUGCUUAUAGGAUAGACACUAAAUUAUUAUCUGUUAGUCCUUGGCCACAAGCACUCUACAUUUGAGUGUAAGAUACGCUGUC